GUGUAUAUCAAAUAAUAUGUUUAUGUUUAUUUAUCGACGUUCUUUGAAGAAAAAUGGUGAAUUUUAGAUGAGAAUUAUUAUUCCCGUUUUGACAAAUAGAAAUUAAUAUGUGAUACAAGAUGGCUAGGCCUAAAGAUAAAGCUUUGCUGAGUGAAGCAUUUGAACAACGAUGUCAGAGAGAAAAAGAGAAAUUAAAAGUCAAUCUAGGAAAAGUUCUGCAAGAAGAUAUUCUGAGACUUCUAACAGAAGAACUACAUAUGGAUACGUCAGUUACAGAUGGUCAUCAGACGGCAGCAGCUCAUAGAUUUAUACUAUCGGCAAGGGCUAGCAGUUUAUUUAAUGGUGUAAAGGAAAAAAUAAAUGAAGAUUCCAUGACAACUUUCACCAUUCCACACAAUAAUAUUUUUCAUCUCAAAGAUUUUAUCAAACAAUUAUACUAUACAGAGAAUGUCGAUAGUUUAUUAGACGAAUAUUCUCAGGGUUUUGUUAAGAGACAAAACGGUGAUAAAAUCUGUGAUGCAAUGCUUAAUAACCUGGACGAUCUAAAUCAUAAUUCUAGUGAUUUGACAAAAGACAAUAGAGACAGGUCCUCAUGUAGCUACGAAACUAACACUGGAAAUUAUGAAUCAAAUAAUGGGGAAGUAACUCUUAGUGAUGUUAAAGUUCAAAUGAAACAGGUGGACAGUGUAGUUGAGAAAAGAAACGAAGAUGAUUCGCAUGAACAGAUCUGUGAAAAUGAUUUAAAUGAGAAAGAAAAUGUCACUCCAUCCGAGAGUGGCUCGACAGACAAUAAUACAUUAUCAAAUUUGAUAAAAAUGUCGUAUAAUUUAGCUCUACCUCAUGUAUGUUGUAGUUGUCUAGGACAAGAUCUUCUUCGUGCUUUCUUACAGGAGAAAUGUACUGACUGUUCUUUGAUUGUUGCUGGACAACAAUUUAAAACACAUCGAUGUAUAUUAGCAGCAAGAAGUGAAUAUUUUGAAGCUAUGUUAGGAGGACAGUGGAGAGAAAGUGACAGAAAUGAUAUAGAAUUAGAGGGUGUAAGUCCAGGAGCUGUAGAACAAGCAUUAUUAUAUCUAUAUGGUGGAGUAACAGAUAUAAUAGAAACGUGUAAUAUACCUGAUUUAUUACUAGUUGGUGAUAUGUAUGGAAUGAUAGGACUUAAAGAGGUGGCAUCAUACCAGAUUAAAAAGGAUUUCUGCCAUUUUUUCCACAAGCCAUGUUCAGCAUGCUUAUCAUCAGCUGGAGAUGCCUUGACCUUAGCUGUGACAUAUGACCUUCACGAUAUGAAAGAACGAUGUGUUAAAUGGAUCAACAAGUAUUUUACUAAAUUCUGGUCAUCAAGAACUUUUGCUGCUCAACAUGAAGAAAUUCUACACAUCUGUUGUAAUAACUUGAUCUCGCAAAUAUCUGAACAGAAUGUUGUUGAUAUUAUAAUGGAUACCCAUAAGUUGAGCGGUAAUUUACCAUCUGUUAAAUGGGCUGAACCUAUACUGUAUCUAAUCUCACAGUUAAACCAUGCCACCAAAUCUUUUAUAUCACAAAAUUUUGUUUCGGUGAUGAGCAGUAAACAGUUCCUGUGUUGGGAGAAGGGUGCCGCGUGGAAUGCCAGUGUACUAGAAGAUAUAUUUGGUAGUGUUAUAGAAACUGUUAGUCCAUCUAAUGGUUGUAAAAUAUAUCAGAAAUUAUUGGAUCUAGAGAAAUAUUUUGCUUUAAUAGAAUAUUCUAUAAACAAUGAGGAUAUUGCAGCUUUCAUCAAGUAUUUAAUAAAGAAAUGUGAAACAUUUUUACGUAUUAAUAUUCAUCAAGUAACUUUGACAGAAGAUUGGUCCAAUCUAUCAGAGGAUAUAAGAACUAAGAUACUAAGUUGUGCUUCAUAUGUUUGUAUAGAUUAUAAUAAAAUGAAGAAAGCACCACCAAAACUCAACACUAACAGAAAGAUAAAGGUAGCCAGUACACAGAAAAUUAAAAAAUCAUCCACGGUUAAACCAUUAACAAGACAGUUAUCAGAGAAUCCACAAACAGCAACUAAAUCUGAUACCCUCUUGACUAGACAAACUUCAACACCUUCUGCAAGACCUCCAUCUAGAGGUAGACCUGUUGAAAAAGCAGCAACUAAAACCACGAAGAAUCCAAAGUGUGAAACUUCAUCUAUGCAACCACAAAGGGAUGUCAAGACAAACAUUAAAACCAAAAAACAAUCUGAGCAAAAACAAGAGGACGGAGCCACGUCAGAUCUCCACCAGAGGACUCAUGAGGUGCAAUAUCUUGGAGCUUCCAGCAUCCCAAAGCGACAGUUGAGUUGGUCUCCAGACCCUGAGGGUUCCAUCAGUCCUAUUAGUGUCAGUCCACGAUCAGACUCCAGGAUACCCAUACAUCGUACAAGUAGUUUGAGUCCCAGAGGAAAGAUUGACUCGAGGAGUUUGGAAAAUUUGCUAGGUGAACAUAGAUCGCAAGCAUCAUGUGGAUUUUGUCCUGCGGUGGAAGAAUCAUUAGCAGGUGCUGAAACAAAUGAGGAAUCAUUAGCAGCCAAAUCAAGAAUAAUUGAUUCAGUAUCUAUUCAGAAUUCCUGUAAAUUAUCAGUGGCUUUCGAUCGCAAUCAAUCAAAACAAUCCAUAACCAUGGAGCAAACAUCUACAGCAUGUACUAAGGCAGCAGAAAAUGUAGAUCCUGUCCAAUUCCUGCGUCUGAAGACUUUAGGCAGAAAUAUAGACAAGGAAAGGAGAUGGUCAUCACCCCCUAUGGUGUUCAGCCAACCAAAUCUGAAUGAAGGACUCCUGGAUGGAAGAAGUUCUGUUAGCAGUGAGGACCUAAGUCCUCGACUACUUCCGUUAUUUUCGGUAGAAUUUCACAAACCUGAACAUGUUACAGAUGUACUUUACUUUUGAUGCAUUCACCUAGCUAUUUAAUAUUUUUACUUUUUUAUUCAAAACUUAAAAUAUGCAUCACACAUUUUUAUCUUUUGUUAUGGAAAUAACAUGGUCAACUUUCAGUCUAUUACAGAAAGACAGAAGACUAAAGGUGGCCAUGUUUUUCCUAACAUUAAAGUUAUCAUUUAUUAUUCAGACUGCUCAUUUGAGGGAUUUUGAAGCCUAGCAAACUACCGUAUUGUGAAAGUUCAGCCUCAGUUGGUUCAAACUGUUCAGUAUUCUGCUUCCUGGGCCAGAUCCAGGAAUGUUUGCAGUAGGGGGCUUGCCAUUUGACAAUUGACAAUGCAUGAUGCCACCAUCAUCUCUAAAUUACGUAGGCAUACAUACACAUUGACAUCAAGUUUAAUCAUUAAUUAAACGAUCACAUUAUGAUUCAAUUUUAUUGAUGCAAAGCGUUAAUUGUGAUAUCACUUAUGUCUAUAUUAUUAUCUCACGCUUUAUUAUCCCACCAUAUGAUGAUAAAGGAUAAAGCACACGACCAUGACACUUUUCUCAUAAGAAGUGUUGUUUUACAAUUAUUUUAUUUUAUAUAGCUGAGCAGGCGGGUUCCUUUCCAGGUUUUUUAAACAAGCCGACACCACUUAUUAGUUUAGGGUAAAAUAUUUUCAGUGAAUCCAAACUAUCUACCAUUGCUAUAUACCGGUAGUCAAUCUACGUGCAGUGCUCUAGGCUGUGAAAUAUUAGAUUUUAGAGAGGUUUCGUAACUUAACAGUUAAACUUACAUUUACAUUUAGGUAAGUGUAACUGUACAUUAUGACGUUUUGCUAAAUUUACACUUAGUAGGUGGCGACACAAACUUGGUCCAGGAUCUCGAUAGAAGUUACACUUAGUAGGUGGCGACACAAACUUGGUCCACGAUCUCGAUAGAAGUUACACUUAGUAGGUGGCGACACAAACUUGGUCCACGAUCUCGAUAGAAGUUACACUUAGUAGGUGGCGACACAAACUUGGUCCACGAUCUCGAUAGAAGUUACACUUAGUAGGUGGCGACACAAACUUGGUCCACGAUCUCGAUAGGCCUUCAUCACUGAUAGAUUCUUAAAGAUGAAAUUAGUAAAGCAUGGACAUGUUUUGUCUCAACCUCCUCAUAUUUUAUCUGAAUGAAGGAAGUCUUCUCUGUGAAUUUAGUUCGCGAAAACCAAAAUUCAGAGAAAAAUUAUGGACUAGAUUAUAUAAAUUAAACAAGGUUUAGCUAUGUGUUGUGAACUUACAGUUAUGGAGGCUGCUACCCGUCGGACAUACUUUUAUGAUGUGCUCUUUACGUCAUAGUCACAAAAACGGAUGACGUUUAAAUGUGAGUGUAAAUAUAAAUUAGCAAAACGUCUCUACUAUCCAAAAGAUUGUACAAAAAAGGCUUGUUGUGCCAUGAAUUGUUUGUUUUUAUAAGUCGUCUAUCGUUGAUAAAAUGGAUGUCGAUCAAAUUGAUGUGUAUUGUAUAAUAGAAUGUAUAUACCCCCGAUGUUUAAAGAAUUUCAUACUUGUGGUAUAUCAUGCUUCCAGUCUAGUUUAAAUAUUAGAUCUAUAUUUUUUUCCAUUUUUAAUAUACGGUAUUGUCGGUCUUCUCUACUCUACAUGAAUACUACAUCUCUCUUUAUCAUAAGGUCUGUCAUUGAGUCAACCGGUGUAGUGUCGAUUUCUCGGUUGUACAUGACAAGGAGUAGGUUCGCCUGUCCAAUCUCAUGGGUUUUCUCUGGUCCCCCGGCUUCCUCCCACUGCUAAAGACCUGUACGCACAUGCGAAUUAUUGAAAUAAAAUUGAACCAUAUGUUCGUCCCAAAAUGACCUAGUUAGUUUGUGUGGAGGUUAAACCCUCUCUCUCUCUCUCUCUCUCUCUCUCUCUCUCUCUCUGUUGUAUUUGAAGUUUGAUUUUAACCCUUGUGUUUGACUAAAACAGUUAUUGUUCAAGUCAAGAUUCUUCAAGAUGGUUUUUUAAAGGGACAUUAUGGGAGAUUAAAUAAAGAUCUGACAGUUCUCGCGAUAAUAGUUAAAAAAUAGAUAAUGUAAAUAGAAUAUGUUGAAAAUUUAAGUCAGAUUGCUCCACUCUGAAAUGAGAUAUUAGCAGUUGAAUUUUAGGCCUAACCUCGAUCAUCAUUACUAAAGUCUUGAUUAUCCAUUUUGACGUUAAAUCAUCCAUCACAAAAUAUAUUCAAAUCCACUAAACAUCACUGUCUUAUUCAACAUACAUUAUGCAAGAGCUAAAUCUGUCUAUUGCAGGUCUUUCUUUAGACCUGAAAUGUUAUAUAAAUUAUUAAUUAUACAUUAAUUAACCUAUCAUGGCCAUAAUCAACUCUAGAUGGCAUCGCUAGCCUGCGAUCUUUAGUGGAUUAUGAGCCGAUUUACUGCAUAACUUUCCUUCACGAUUUAACAAUUAAAUGGAUAAUCGAGACUAUGCUGUUUAUCGUACUGACUUUAGUAAUGAUGAUCGAUGCUAGGCGGAAAUUUCAAUCGCUUAGUUCUCGGUUCAUAGUGGAUCAAUUUGAUUGAAAUUUUCAGCAAAAUGCCUUUACAUUAUCUAGUUUUUAACUAUUAUAGUGAGAACUGCCAACUCGUUAUCAAAUCUUCCAUAAUUUAUCUUUAAUAAUCUAGAUAACAUUUCAGGCCUAAAUAAAGACCUGCAAUAGGUAGAUUUAGCUCUUGCAUAAUGUAUGUUUAACUGACAAUAGGAAAAAAACCUUGAAUAAUUUCGAGCCAACCUGAACAAACUGCUUUGCUUCAGUCAUGUAUUAAAUCUUCUGUCUGCAUUAUAUUGUUUACUACAAACACUAUAUAUGGUUUAUUUGUAAACAUGCACAUAGUCAAGAUUAAUUUGUCCCAGAUAGUCAAGGUUAAUGUGAGAUUAUUGUGUCAUACUGCAUUUUAGCUAAGGCAUUUUGAAAUAAAUAGUAUUAGUAAAAUGGGGUAACACAAUAUCAAAAUCUUCCCCCAUCCACCAAAAUUUCAACUUUAAAUUCAUUGAUUUUCAUCAAAUCUCUGUAUUUGAAGAUCAGCUUUGACAUAAUAAUAAUAAUAAACCUCUUGUAUAAUAAAAUUAACUGUGGUCUGAUUCCUUGAAAUUUAUUAAAGUCAUCUCUGUUCCUGUGACCUAUAAAUGCUGGCUUUAAGUUCAAAAGAUUUAAUUUUUUUUACAGAAAUGGUUUUAGUUUAAAAGAUGACAGGGAAUCAGGGUCUUCAAAUAGAGAAAUUUGAUGAUGAUUAUUUCAAUUUGAUUAAAACACAGAUCCUAUUUCACUUCAUUAUUUAUAGUUCAAAACUUCGUUUUUCUUGUCUUUGCUACACAAGGAUCUGGAAGAGUUGUUAUAUAACCCACGUUCUGGAUGAUGUGAGGGAUUAGCCAAUGAAAUGGUCUGUUACAGCGAGGUGCACGGAACUUUGAGUAAACCACUAGAAACACCAAUUGAUUAAUUAAUGUCUGACGUCAUAGGGUCAAAAGCCACUCGUAUGACACCGGACGCGACCUUCCACUACAACUGGUCAGAUUUUCAUGUAGUGUAGGCCAUCGAAAGUAUAAAAAAAAAAAAAAAAUAUCGAUCUAUAUUUUAAUCAGACUGAGAUUAUUCAAGAUGAAAUAUUGAUGGUUUUAGGUUGAUUUAGAUAAAUUGUACUACAGAUAGUAUGGUUGUUCAAUCAAUAUUAUACUACAGAUAGUAUGGUUGUUUAGCCAAUAUUAUACUACAGAUAGUAUGGUUGUUUAACCAAUAUUAUACUAGUAUGGUUGUUUAACCAAUAUUGUACUACAGAUUGUAUGGUUGUUUAACCAAUAUUGUACUACAGAUAGUAUGGUUGUUUAACCAAUACUAUACUACAGAUAGUAUGGUUGUUUAACCAAUAUUAUACUACAGAUAGUAUGGUUGUUUAGCCAAUAUUGUACUACAGAUAGUAUAGUUGUUUAACCAAUAUUGUACUACAGAUAGUAUGGUUGUUUAACUAAUAUUAUACUACAGAUAGUAUGGUUGUUUAACCAAUAUUAUACUACAGAUAGUAUGGUUGUUUAGCCAAUAUUGUACUACAGAUAGUAUAGUUGUUUAACCAAUAUUGUACUACAGAUAGUAUGGUUGUUUAACCAAUAUUAUACUACAGAUAGUAUGGUUGUUUAACCAAUAUUAUACUAGUAUGGUUGUUCAACCAAUAUUAUACUACAGAUAGUAUGGUUGUUUAACCAAUAUUUUAUUAUAACCAAUAUUGUACUUCAAAUAGUAUGGCUGUUCAACCAAUAUUGUACUACAAAUAGUAUGGCUGUUCAACCAAUAUUUAUUGAUUUGGGUUGUUACUACAGAUAGUAUGGUUGUUUAACCAAUAUUGUGAUAGUUUAUACAUGUUAUUUAUUUAUUCAUUAAAUUUUUUUUGAGUUUAUAAAUUUUAUUUAAUAUUAUUAUUAUCAUUGUUGUAAUUAUUUAUACAAAAGUUAAGUGAUUAUUUCGGUUGUGAAGCUUGAAUUUCAUCAAGCUUACAUGAAUUCUAAUUUCACAUUUUUACAAUAAUAUCAUUUUUUACCCAGUCCAAAAUUGCAUUUAUAAAUAUUUAUUGCAAUGUUUAUUUAAACAAAUUGAUCUUGUUGGGAUUCCGUUUUCAUUAGCCCAGUUGGCACAGAAAACCCCAUUUCAAUCCAUUUCUUGUUGGAGAGGCAGACUUCCUGCACGAGAUAUACUCCACGGCAGGAUUUAAAUCUGUUGUAUUUUGUCGGCUUUAGCCGCUUGAAGUUAAAUCUAGCCGAUUGGUAAAACAAUGAACCGACCACUAUGGUAUCAUAAAUCAAUCUACUUUCAGCUAAAUUACAACGGGUUAAUUAUUACUAAUUAUUAAUAAGAAGUCAAUCAAUUUGUUUGUCAUUACCUUAGUGAGAAUCGGCCAUAUGUGGUUCAUAAUCCAAGUAAUUAGCACAAGUUACAGAUCACCAUUUUAGGUCGAUAUUUCUCCUGGGAGGGGACCCCUUGACACCUUCAACUCCGUAGUUCCCCUCGCCCCUCCUGGGGUGACAUCUUGUCACCUCUAAAUCCGUCACUGGAACAAACAGUUUAAGUUAUAAAUCAAAGGGAGCUACGGUGACUAAGUGGGUAAGACACUGGCUCGCUAGCCUGAAGGCCGGGUGUUCGAUCCGGCGUGGUUUCCCCUUGUCAGUGAUGCAGUACGGAGGGCCUGACAAGGACCAUUGUCUAGUCGUUUAGAUGGGAUGAAAAACCGAGGUCCUGUAUACACAUUGUCGUGCACGUAAAAGAUCCCUUGACAGUUGGAAUUCGAUAUAAGAGUAGGCCAUAGCUCCGCUGUCCAGGCAAAAUUUCCUGGCGUAUGCCCGUCUUCAUUAGCCCAGUCGGAGCAGAAUAGUAGGACGUUAAACCCCAUUUCAUUUCAUUUCAUAGAACAAAGUCUUUAUACUUCCAACAGGAUCAAUAAGUAUUGGUUACAGUGAAUAUUAUAUCAAUACAUUUAUUAUCAGUACAAUUAAAAUAUGUAAUGUCAUUGUUUGGUUC